UUUGUAUAUACCUUUGUGCUUCUUCCAAUCACUGGCCUGGGGUGAAAGUUGAUCAGCAGAGAAAAGGAUGUCAAGACUUGUUCUACCUGGCAAUAUCUACUGCAGUAGCGCGUACUGCAGUAGGCGCAUCACAUAGUCACGAAAACACUCUGAUUAUUGUGUGAAGAACACAUGGUGUACGCACAGUCAACAAUAUUAGCGAGUCACUGGGUCGGACGUGUCAUUGGGUCCCGUGCACUCUUCAUGCUCGUCCAUAAGCGCUGGAGCCCUAAUGCGGGAACGAAAUCUACCAUCGCCCUUCUGGACAGCUCUAUACUGGAUACGAAUACGUGUUUCCCAAUCACACCACCUGUCGACGUGUACCAACCAUUUCCUCACCUCUCGGCGCUGUGUCCAACGAUGAUGGUAAAUCUUCCGACGGCUUUUGUGGCGUUGGCAUUAGCGUCGUCAGUAUUCACAGCGUCUCCCACGUCCUUCAAUGAUUCCUUUUGCGCCAUCUCCACGGCCGUAUCUCGCGAGGCUCCCCCUGUGUAUUGCCUCACCUCACUUGAGCCCGUCGAACCCACGGAUACAGAUGCUCCACUCUUCUUUGAGGAGUCGAAAGAGAAACAAGCUGAGCUGCAGAAGCAGAAGCAGAAGGGGAAAGAGAAUGGCGGGGAGUGUGCAGGCAUCGAUGGUCAAACAUCACCGUUCGCUUCGUACGAUCCUACGGAUGAACCACUAUCAUCCCAUUUUCAGGUCCCAAUAGCGGAUAGAUUCAAUUAUGCGGCCCUCGAGUGCUCUGCUCGUGUCCGCGCGUCUCAUCGUUCAGCAAAGUCGCCGUCUUCCAUCCUAUCCUACAAACGCGAUAGGUACAUGCUGAGCCCAUGUACUUCCAAAGACAAGCAGUUCUUAGUUGUGGAAUUAUGUGACGAAGUUCAAAUCGACACCGUGCAGCUGGCAAACUCUGAACCCUUCAGUGGGGUUUUUAAGGACCUUACUGUCAGCGUGGCGAAGACGUACUCGACAGGUGAAGAAGGCUGGACCGUAGCAGGGACCUACAGAGCCAAGAAUAUUCAGGGUGUACAGUCCUUCCAUCCGCCUACGUCGCUAAGCCACGACUUUUACAGGUACAUACGGAUAGACUUUCACUCCCACUACGGCAACGAGUACUACUGCCCCAUCUCCCUGCUCCGAGUUCACGGCCUUCAUCGUCUUGAUCAAGGGAAAUGGGAGCAACGAGAGACAGAACACCGCGUAAAAGAAAAGAAAAGUUGCUUGCUACUCGCCUCGACGAGCCCGAGCCUGUCCAAACCCCUGCAGACCCCGUUACGGUUGUUAAUGCUUUAACAACGAAUAUCGCUAAACCCGUUAUCCCAACCGUUGAUCUUGGUCUACUUCCAGAGUGCAGCUCUUCACCAAAAUUUGGUCCUGCUACUUCUGAACCCACAACUAAAUUUACCAGCUCACAAAUUGUAGCGUCGACGACAAAGGUCAUUUAUUCUCAGGGCAUGACUCCUCCGAAUGAAAGUGAUAUUCUUUCUGCAGAUACCG